AUGUCCUGGCAGAAGGAGAUUCGUCCAACUCGGGAGAACUCUAGUCUUCCACUCUACGACAACGCGCCCGAGGUGGCCGUAGAGUCCGAACCUCUCAGCCGCCGGGAGCAGCGACGUCAACGUCGCCGAACCGCGCGCAACUUCUCCGAGGUUGCUCAAGUCGCCACUGCCGAUGAUCUCGAGAACGAGCCCAAGGUACGCAAGCCCGCCAAGAAGGGUCGAGAUUUCGCUAACAAGAAACAGGAUGGCCAAGACGACGCCAAUACCACGGCCGAGAUGAUUGAUGACGAUAAUCCUCCAACACCUGGCCUCCAUGGCACAAACAACGAAAACCGGAACCACGAUGCCCAAAUACUCAACGGCCUGAACGCAAGUGUUUACAAGGCACCGCCACCAGGACAAGGUGAGUUUACCGCCGACGAAGACGAAGAGGCUAUUCCGAUGAUGACUUUUUGGGGAGCCACGAAGAUGGCUCUGGAGAAUCUAGAUUUCCUUUGUCAGACAAACAUCCGAUUACGAGAUACGGACUCCCGAGCAAGACUUGGUUGA